GGGACACUUCAUAUGUAUGGACAAUACAAAUCAACCAUGGCAUGGUGGUUGACACACACAACUAGCACUUGACACACACAUGAGAGAAAUGGAUGGAUGGAUCCUCACUUGACAUGAAAUGGUCCGUCAGUCAGAGGAAGCGUCCCUCGAUGCACCACUUACACACACAGACAUCCACUGUACAAGCAUCCAUCCGUCGACAGCAUAAUCAUGGCACCAAAAACACCACAGACAGCAUCACUCACACGAGUGGCAGCCUGGUCAGCAUGCCCUUGCCCCCCACCGGCCGACGGCGGGUGCCAACCGUGGUUGUCGUCGUGGUCAGGUCGCUCGGCUGGGGCUUGAUCUCAUAGGGGUACGCCAACGGGGCGUGGCUGAGCAGCGCACCGAGGCGGGAGAUGCCCUGACAAGACAAAACAACACACACGAUGGUCAUCGGUGUCUGCCUGCGUGUGUGUUGUGUUGUCGGACCGACUCACCUGGCGCAGCCAGUUGUGCGUUUGUCUGAGAGAGGACCGGUAUUGCACGGUGAAGAGCUCGUCGCAGUGGCGGAGAAAGCGGUAGAGCGUCUGGCGACCCUCCUCCAACCGAGAGGCAAAGGCGAGAAUCUCAACGCUCCCUGACGACAGACAGACGAGUAGAUGAUACACACAAGAAUGGGUCGACCAUUGUAUUGUGGGUUCUCGCGUACAAGUGAAGGUCAUCUUGUGCAGGACGGUGACGAGGAGGCUGCACUGGUAUGGCCGGCCCUGGUAAGCCAGCUUCACAAUCAGCUUCUCCAUCAAACGACACACGCACCGGGGACCGAGCCGCUCACCCUACACAGACACACACACACACACACAUACAGAGGCCACAUCCACCCACAACGGUAUCUCUCUCUCCCCUCCCAUGCUCACUCACAUGUGAGUCGAGAUAUUUGAGCACGGUGUGUGACAUCUUCAGCGGCGCACACGCGAUAUAAGCCAUCAGCUCCACCACAUGCUGCUGGCCCUCGGGGAACCGCCUCUGCUGCAGCGGCCGGGGGCUAAGCGACGAGGGCCCGUCGAACCGCUUGGGUGAGGGCGAGGGCGAGCCGGGUGGCGAUGGGGGGCUGGCAAAGGGGUCCGGCUGGGCCUUGAGGUUGUCCUCGAUGAUGUCCCUCAGGAGCUGGAACACGAUGGGCGCGUGGGAGGGGUGGAUGUCGCAGAUGUCCUGCACGCAGACACACAGAGGGAGAGAGAGGUGGUGCCGGUCCGGUACGGUGUGGAAGUACAGUAGUUGUUGGUCCACCGGGGGGGCGGGCCGGGCUUACGGCGAGGAGCAGAGGGAUGGUGGCGAUGCGCUCCAGGGCCAGCAGGGGGUCGACAUGGCCGUCAGAGGACUCCUCUGUCAUGGCUAUCUGACGCACGUAGCGAAUGCACGCCUGCAGACGAUGAGCACAGACAUCCAGCCAUGCCAUGCAGUGCAGUGCAGUGCAGUGCUGGUCCGCUCGGUGUGGCGGCCUCACUCACCAGUGCGGCGAGCGGCGUCUGUAUGGUCUUGCGCAGCAGCGCGACUUUGCAGUUCUUGCGCAGGUCGUCAGCCCAGAUGAUGUCACACACCUGCACACACCGACACCGACACACAUAGAUAUGUAUGUCAUCCGGUGCACCACCGUGUUUGUUUCUUUUGCUCAUGUCCUCCAAUCAUCUCACAUGUCUGUCACCUGGUUUAGCUCCUGCCUGCACCGCGCCCUCAGUGCGUCGAGCUGCCGCCUCAGCCGCCUCAGCGCCUUGGCCUCCUGCCGCUCCCUCUUGAGCGUCUUGACCUUCUGCAGCAGCUCACCGCGGUCGCGCGUCACGUCAAACUCGCCCCCAGGGAGGGGCAACACGUAGUAGCCCUUCCCUUUGCCCUUGCCCUUCCCCAAACCACCCAUCAUCCCCAAGCCCAUGCCGCCCAUGUCCAUAUUAUCCGGGGCAGGCCAUAUGGGGGGCGGGAGAGCAGCAACGGCACCAGCAGCAGACGGCUGGUUCUCAUCAGGGAUACCUGCUGCUGCUGGUGCUGCUGGCGGCGGGCUGCCCCCUCGCAUCAUCCUCAUCCUGGACGAGUCGUCCUCGGCCGACCACGAGCUGCGCGGCCGCCCCCCCUCCUCCGACGAGGGCACGUUGUCAUGCAGCAUGAGCGAGGGGCGGAAGGACGACGGACUCUCCUCGCUGGUUGGCUCCUCGCGCUCGCCGUAAGAGUUUCGGUUGUCCUGCGAGUCGCCCUCGUCCAUCGAAUCUGACACAUCUCCUCCUGCGUGUCGGGGGCGCUUGAGCGGCGGCCCGCCCCCCAGGUGGUCGUCGUCAUCUUCUUCUUCGCUGUCUGAUCGAGCUCUGCGUGGCGGGAGGGGGGGCGGGAGGGGCUCGUUGCUGUUAGACGACUCAUCCGAUGGGGUGAAUGGGGGACACUCAUUGUGGUCGACUGAGGCCAUCGACAUGGGCUGCGGGCCGCUCGCGGCAUCGUCGCCCUCGUUGCCCUGCCCCUCUCCAGCGUCACCAUCUCCCUCUUGGUGGUCUUCUGAGUCGUUGUCGGUGUCGGAAUCGUUCUUGAGCUGGACGAAAAGCUGGUACAGCUCGCUGACGGAGUAGUCGUCGAGCUCAUCGUCCUCCUCGAUGUCGAAGUACUCACACAGCGCCUGGUAGCACUGCUUCUCGGCACUUAUCACAUCCUGAUGUGAUGAUGUGGCGGCAGACACACAUCACAUGGGUCUCUCUCUCUCUCUCUCUGCGUGUGUGUGUGUGUGUGUGCGUGGAUUGUGUGUCGCACGUACGUCGUAUUCGCCGACUUGUUCGUUGUGGGUGAAGCUGUCGUCCUUGCGCUCCUGCAGGGAGCGGUGCUCCACAAACGCGUUGCGAAGAUCGACCUCAUCCCACACACACAGCUCCACCAGGAAGUCUAUCAGAGACGCCUGUGAAUGAAUGAGAAAGGAGGAAGAGGGCAGAACGCACCGAUAUAUGAGAGGAUGCUCAGGUGGGUGACACACUGCAUGGCUUGACAUAGCAGCUUACGCGGACGGUGUUGUCGAGCGCCUUCUUGGGGUAUGUGAGCAUGUCCAGGACCAUGUCGAUCACCCAUGGGCCUCUGCACACACACACACACACACACACACACGCACACACGCACACACGCACACACGCACACACAGGGAACGAGCAGUGAGAGGACGGGUGUGAGCUGGAAUGGAUGGCUCAACUCAAAUCAGCUUACCUGAGUAGGUCCUCUAGUCGCACAUCGGCCUUGAGAGAGGGGUUCCCCACACCCAGUGGGGCAGGGCCACCUGCACGCAGACAGAGGUGCCGGUGGCAUGACUCACGUACCUCAGUCUUAUCUGCCCCCUUCCCUUCUGUGCCGGCCCGCCUCAGCCCACUUACUGUCUUUGCUGACGCCCGAGAAGCUCUCCUCCCAGGCCGACUCCCUGCCCUCCCCCUCGGCCCCCUUAGCCGCACUCUCCCCCGCACUCCCCGCACCACCCACCACCGACCCAGCAGCGGGCGUCUCCCACGCCCAAGGGUCCAAAGCCGCUCCCGUGUGGGCGUCAUCGAGUGCUGCCAGUCUCAUGGGUGGGGGCGGCGAGCUGGGCGGGCUGGGGAGAGGGAAGGGGAGGUUUGCCGCGUCGGCGCCGAGAGGGAGGGAGUCGUCUUGUGUCGGUGUCUGGUGCUGCUGAUGGUGGUGGGUGGGGGAGGGUGUGGGCCAUGUGAUUGCGAGGGGGAGGGGGAGAGGGGAGGCUGACUGCGGGUGAGUCUUGUUGCGGUGUCGGGAGAAGAGGCCCGACAGAUGUGAUAUGUCGUCGGCAGUAAGGGGGCCGCCGGUGCGGUCUGCACAGACAGAGAGGGAGAGAGAGAGGUCCCGGUGCGGUCAGUGUACUCUGCGUUUGGCGACAGGGUGUGGUGUGUGCUUACAUGACUGUUGCAUGAAGACGCUCUGCACGGCGUUGAACAGCUCAACAUCCCUGACACACACACACACACACACGAGACGGAGAAGCAUUCAAUAAUUGCUGGGUGGCCCGGGUGCGUCUGACUUGCUGUGCAGGUCAGUAAACCGCAGGCACAGCCGACCCACAGACUUCUUGGCCUCGCCACGCAGCUGCACACACACACACACACACACACAGAGAGAGAGAGAGAGAGACCGCCCAAUGGACGAACACAAUGUGUUCUGUUCGUCCCUCAGGGGAGCCCAGCGCCCCUCACCCUGCCCACCCUGUCGAUGAGUGCGUGUCUGAGUCUGAAAAUCUUGUGCUGGUCCCUGGGGGGCCGGAUGCGCUGCAGCACGAACAGCAGGGCCUGCGCGACGAUGAAGGUGUACUCGCCCGUGCAGGCCAUGCAGUACACUGACUGCAGCAGCUCCUCCUCGGCGGCCAAAUCCUGCAGGACACACAUUACAUUAGUUACACACAGCACAAGGGUAGGGUGCCCAGGGUGCCCAUCUUGGCUCGUGUGUCGGCCGGCGAAUGAAUAAAUGGGUCAUGGUGGAGUGGACUCGACUCACCGCAGCGAUGUAGCUGGCGACGGUGUGGCAGAAUGUGGUCAGGUACACGCGGAAGUUGGCCAUCUCAGCCCCGGUCUGACGACACACACACACACACGCACAGCCGUCCAUCCAUCCAUCCAUCAUGUCAUCUGUCUGUCUUGCGCACCUUGACGAUCUCUUCGACCGUCUCAGCGGGCGAUACGGCGUGUGCAAUGCCGCUGACGAUGGAGUGGAGCACCACUGAGUCGUUGUCGCGGGUCAGCGCGUAGACACUCUCGCGCCAAAUCUUGUGCUUGCACAGCUGCACGGCGAUCUUCUGCCACUUCUCCUGGUGCUCAGGGGUGGGGUGCUCGAAGUCGAAGAACUGCGCGUCUGAACCAACCAACCAACAAAGAUACACACACACACACACACACACACAGUUACACUGAGCAUACACACAUGCGAGCCCGCACAAGACCGGUCUCUCACCUAGUGCAGCAGCAUCGAAAUGGUCUUUGAGGAGCUUCUGGUACUGCUCCUGCAGCUGCAGACGCGACAGCGACACGGCAUGAGAGAAUCAGAUCAGCCUCCAUGAGUGCAGUGCGCGGCGGGCGUGUGUGCAUCCCUCGCGCCGCGCCCGCCCUACCAGUCGUUCUGCGUUUCGCGUCUCGCCGGGCAGCCCGGCCACCCACUGUGCGAGCUGCCGGGCGCGGGAGGGAUAGCCCACCAGAUUGUCACACAGACAGUCCUUCACCUCCUGGCCCCAUCAACACACACAGAGGACAAUAGAAUGCAGAUGAAAGCACUAGGUGCGUGUCUGUCAGGGUCCCUCCCUCCCUCCUACUGACCUGCAGUGUGCCUCCCGCCGCGAUGAACCUCCGUAUGUGUGUGCCGAUGUUGACAUCUAGAGCGGCGUCGGGGCGCUCCAGCCGGCGCUUCAGGUCCUCCCUACUGCCGCCGUCCCUACCGUCAGCUGUGCUGCUCACAGAGGGGUGCUGCCGCUCCUUCCGCUUCGCUGAUGGACACACACAAUGCAAAUCAAAUGGGUGGAUUGCCCUCAUGUGAGCAAGGAGUGAGUGACGCCACGCCGGCAGCAUCGUGCGCCCGAUGCGGCCUGCCUAUCUCUCGCGUCGGUUGGCCUCGUCUUAUCAUAUAUCAUACAUCCGGCGAUGAGUGUGAUGUGUGUGUGUCCCCUCCCUCCUCACCUUCGUUCAUGAAUCUUGCCGCUGCGGCACUUCGGUCGGUUGCCUUGAUCAGCUCCCAGUACCACAGGAGCUUCAAGGUGCCCGCCCCGGCCAUUCUGAGUGCAAGUCCUCAAUGAAUCACUUCAACGCUCAACGAGUCGUCUGGUAGCAGGCUCCCACUCAAUCCAUCCGCCUCCUCGAGAUUUUCC